UUUGUUCGAUGUCGGAUGUCGGACUUUCACAACAUUAGAUCUCGUCGACGAAUACCAGAAGCCAGUUCUUACUCAACAGUCGAUUUUGAUUACGAUCCAGAUCAGAAGAAUCACACUUCAGCAGUUGCUCCGACUAGUUUCGCGUAUAGCUCUCUCACAACCGUUUUCAACGCGUCAGCUUCACAACUUUGGAAUUCUGCGCAGGAGGCGCUUGUAUCCUCCUACGACACAGCGGAAGGCACUGAAAGCAUAGACGCAGAUCGAUCAAAGGUAGUAGAAACACUUGAAUCGCUGAGUAUUUUUGGAAAUCCACUUGAUCAUAUCAUUAUCACAAUGCCAUCAAGAGAUCGAACUUCGGAAUUCCGGGCGACAGCCAAAUCAUACGAAAUGAAAGCAGCCGCAAAUGGAAUUAGACCUCAACCAAAGCAUGAGAUGCUAUCUGAAUCCGUGCAGUUCAAUCAACUCGCAAAGCGAAUCGGAAAAGAAUUGAGUCAAACGUGUGCAAAAAUGGAAAAACUUGCCGAAUAUGCUAAGAAAAAGAGCUGCUAUGAAGAACGAUCUCAAAUUGACCAUCUUUCAUCAAUUGUCAAGUCUGACAUUACGGGUUUGAACAAACAGAUCGGACAACUUCAAGAAUUUUCAAAAAGACGUGCAGGAAACAUGAAAAAUCAAAAUAGUGGACAUAUACAAUUAGUUGUAGUUGGAUUGCAGUCAAAAUUAGCGAAUGUCGGAAAAGAUUAUCAAAGCGUACUGGAAAUUAGUACAGAAACAAUGAAGGCUGAAAAAAAUCGCCGAGAUAAAUUCUCGAGUGGUGCAGCAGUUCCAAUGGGACUUCCUUCCUCCUCUUCCGGAGCUAAUGUUCGUUCAAAGCUUCUUCAAGAUGAUGAGCAGCAUGGCUCCUCAAGCAUAGCUCUGGAUAUGGGUGCUCUGUCAAACAUGCAAUCACAACAGACUAUGCAACAAAGAGAUUCAUCAUUGGAAUAUGCGCAAGCCCGUAGCAACACCAUGGCGACAAUUGAAGGAUCCAUCUCCGAACUUGGCCAAAUUUUCUCUCAACUGGCUUCACUCGUCAGUGAGCAAGGAGAGAUGAUAACAAGAAUCGAUUCAAAUGUUGAAGAUACAGCUCUUAAUAUUGAUAUGGCACAUUCAGAGCUUGUGAGAUAUCUUCAAAAUAUUAGCAAAAAUCGAUGGUUAAUGAUUCAAGUUUUUGGAGUUCUCAUGGUUUUCUUUGUUGUAUUUGUUCUUUUCCUCACCUAAACAUUUCCAUUUUUCAUUGGUUCUUUUUUUUUCCGUGAUUGCUGACUUGUUUGAAUGUGUCUAUUGUAAAAAAAGUGGAAAAGUAAAUUCAAAUUGCUUCUCCUAUCACCUAUAAUCAUUAUUUUCCUCUACUAUUAUUUCCAUGAAUUAGCUUUUACUUCUCUGUCUUGACCCGGAAAUUGAUGGUAGAACUCCGCCUGUGAUUAAAAUCUUCUCUAUUUUUAGCAUAAAGCUUUUUAAAUUUU